GACCCAGGUUCGCCGCCACCCAUCUCCUCCUCCAUAUCAGAUCCGCCGCUCCCACCUUCCGCCGCGGCGUUGACCACCCCCCGCGACGACCUCGUCCCCCGCCGUGCCGAGGUGUCGCGCCGCCAGACCCCUCCAGCGGAGGAGGUCCUGGGUGCAAGUGACCUCGGAUGGCCAAGGCCGCACGCGUGGACGCCGCCGGCGAACUCCUGGACGACCUCCUCCUCCUCGUCUUCGAGCGCUUGCCGGGCGUCCAGGACCUCCUCCGCUGCGCAGCCACGUGCAAGCAGUGGCUCUGCCUCAUCACCGACCCGGUCUUCCUCCGACGCGUCGGCCUCUGGCCGGAGACAGCGCCCCGCCCCUCGGUCCUCGUCGGCAUCUUCUACCAGAACGUGGUACCGCCCAGCGCGAUUCAGCCCCUGGCAAGGAUACCCGACAGUCCUCCCCAAUUCUUGAGCCUUCAGGCCGGCGGCGCCCAUCUUACCUUCGACUCUUUCGUCUCCAACAACGAUGGGCUCUUCAACUUUGCAAUGCCACUGGCAUCGCGCCGUGGCCUUCUCCUCGUGGGUACCUUGCUGCCUAUCCCGAUCGACAGCCAACCACGUGAGAAGCUCCAUCUUGCGGUCUGCCGCCCUCUGAUCGAUAAGCAGGGUAGGCAUCUGCUCCCACCGCCUGCAAACCGUGAAUUCAUCAUCGGGCACCGCCUAACUGGGUUUGCUCUUCUCACCGAUGAGGACCACCGUGCCAUUGAUGAUUUGGAUCAGCAACGACGGCAACCGUCGUUUCAAGUCGUCUUGACUUACUCAGCCGCCAACAGAGUCAUGUAUGUCUAUACCUACUCCUCUGCCACGGACACUUGGAGCACACCCAUCGAGUGCCACCAGGUUUCACACCUCGUGAGGUGUGGACCGUGUGCCGGCGUCGUCACCUGCGGCACCGUGCACUGGCUGUUCACAGACCAGAGAAGCUUCUACACACUCAAUGUGAAUGUCGCCACGGCACAUGUCUCUCUGACCAAGAUCCCCAUCAACGUCCACGAGGGCGAGCAGCGGCGGCGAGUGCCGUUUCCAUGUGUCACCCGAGAAAGAAAGCUUUCUUUUGUGAUCAUACGAGAAGAUGGUGUGCUAGAGCUUUGGGCCAAGCAAGACAAUGAUCAUGGCGGCGAGGCCGGUGCAGGAGGGUGGUUGCGCUCUGACCUGAUAAAUCUAGGAAGCGGUGAUAAAAUAAACCUUGUCUUCUUCGCGGAGACGAGAGGUGCCAUGCUCGUCGAGCAAGGCGGUACUUUCUUCACCAUUGAUCUCAAGAGUAAGGAAAAGGCGUUGGUCGAUCUCAAAGGCAAGGAAAUGGAGCCUGUCAGGGGCAUCUGCAGGUUUCCGAUGCAUCGCUGUAGUAGUAGCUGGUGUAGUGGAUUCCUCUGCAGCUGGGGGAAGGUUAGUCCUUGCACGUAUAACAAGCCUGUGUUGUACGAGGUGGUUGGGUAUUUGAGGCAAGAUGAGGGCAGAUUAAGUCAGACAAUUUCCAAAGAACAUGUACAUACAUCAUGUAGGAUUUAAUGGUAUGAUUCCCAAUAGAUCGUGGGUGCUGGAAUCAACGCAGAAUAAUGCACUGGGAUAACAUGUGUAAAUUCCUCCUGUUUUCAUUCCGACCGUUCUAUUUAUAGUUCAGUAGAACUUAAAGUUUCUGUGA